AUGGUUCCUGCCGAGGGCGAGGAUGCGGCGUGCACUCUGCGGCCAUAUCUGCUGGAAAGGCCCGAGCCCUCUUCCGACGCUAGGGACAGCGAUCUAGAGGGCCACGGCGGUGCCGUUGCGCGGUGCCGUUCCGGAGUCGGGGAGCGGUGCCUUCGGGAACGGGACCGUGAGAGGCGUCGUGCAGACCUGGACCUGGACCGGUACCGUCGACCCCGGGACCGGGAACGGCUGCGGGAGGGCGGUCUCGGGAACCUUGUGACCGACGCGUCCCGGUGCCUGCUCGAGCCGGGCUGCUGGGACGGUGCCUCGCUCGCGUUGGGGCCUGACUGUUUGGUGGCCCGUUGCGUGGCGGGAAGCCGGGAGUCCACCGAGGCGGAGCUCGACCGGGACCGGCGCCCACUCGCGGUCUUCGCCGGUGCCGACUUCUUGUGCGGGGAACGUCCCCGGGCCUUGGGCUGGCCCUUCGGCCUGGCCGGCGAAGAAGAACGGUGCCGGGUGUGUUCCCGCCGAGGCGGCGCCGUGGGCUUAGGCUGUCCUGCCGGCGUCGGGUCGCGGACCGAUGCCGGGGCACUCCGCACCGAGAUUUGGAAAAGUCUGUCACUCUUUGCCCUUGUGGCCAUCGCCCGGCUGCACGCUGAGGAAGAGCCAAAGAGCAAAUCCAAAAUCUGUGCCAACGUUUUCUGUGGAGCCGGGCGGGAGUGCGCAGUGACGGAGAAGGGGGAGCCCACCUGCCUCUGCAUCGAGCAAUGCAAACCUCAUAAGAGGCCUGUGUGUGGCAGCAAUGGCAAGACGUACCUGAACCACUGCGAGUUGCAUCGUGAUGCCUGCCUUACUGGCUCCAAGAUCCAGGUGGACUAUGAUGGCCACUGUAAAGAGAGGAAGUCUGAGAAUCCAGCCGCAAGCCCAGUUGUCUGCUACCAGUCUGACAGGGACGAGCUCCGGCGCCGCAUUAUCCAAUGGCUCGAGGCCGAGAUCAUCCCAGAUGGCUGGUUCUCAAAGGGCAGCAACUACAGCGAAGUCCUGGACAAGUAUUUCAAGAGCUUCGAUGGUGGGGAUUCUCGCCUGGACUCCAAUGAGUUCCUGAAGUUUGUGGAACAGAAUGAAACUGCUAUUAACAUCACCACCUAUGUGGACCAAGAGACCAACAAGCUACUCAGGGGACUCUGUGUGGACGCCCUCAUUGAGCUGUCUGAUGAGAAUGCCGACUGGAAACUCAGCUUCAAUGAGUUCCUCAAGUGCCUCAACCCGUCCUUCAACCCACCAGAGAAAAAAUGUGCCCUUGAAGAUGAAACAUAUGAGGAUGGAGCUGAGACCCAAGUGGAGUGCAACCGCUGUGUCUGUGCCUGUGGGAACUGGGUGUGCACUGCCAUGACCUGUGAGGGGAAGAACCAGAAGGUGCCUGUAGGGGGGCAGCAACCCGAGGAGGAGCUGACUGAGGAGGAGCUGGCCAGAUACGUUCAAGAACUGCAAAAGCAUCAGGAGACGGCUGAGAAGACCAAGCGAAUGAGCACCAAAGAGAUGUAA